AUGACCAUCGCCAGUAUAUCUAUGCCGCGAUGGGUCAGCUACAGUCCCAACGGCGAGCGCGAAUACUCGUACGGCCUGCACAGUCGCUGCUCCGCCGUCACAGGCACCUGCGUUCCCUUCCCCAAGAUGAGCGACUGCACAAAGGACCCGUCCUUCUGCAAUAUGUGGAGGACCGUCGGUUUCCUGACAUCUUUUGGCGUCGUCGUUGAGCUAUGCGCCAUCGUAUCCUUCAUUGUCAUCAUCUCUGGUGGGGUGCAGCGCAGGGCCGCAGGCUGGCAGGUGGCCGUUGGCGUACUUUCCUUCAGCGCCAUCGUCCAGUGCGCCGGCAUGGCCAUAGUGGCAUUCCUCUUCGACAACGACGACCGCUUCUGGAAGGGCUGGCACCUUGACCUCUCGUGGUCUCUCUGCACCGCCAGCUGGACCAUCCUCUUCCUGACUUCCGUCGGCAUCGCCGUCUCCGCCUUCUACCUCCCCGUCGAAGGCGACUACGAGCUCAUUCCCGAAGAGUACUACGGUCCGCCAGACGAUCGGCUUCUUUCGCGCAUCUCCGCUUGGGACAACGGGUUCAAAGGCCCUGGCGAGGGUAUGCAGUAUAGCUACCAGAGGGAUCAGGAUAGCAUGAGCGAUGUUGUUAGUAUUGCGGCGAGCAGUAUUGCACCAAGUAAUAGGAGAGAGAGCAGUGUUGCUCCGAGUAAUAGGAGGGAAAGCGAUGCUAGGAGAUGA